CGUCUUGUUUUGUCAUAAUUUAUUUAUGUGAGCAAGAUGAUAUGGAGUAAAACUUAUUAAAGGAAUCUGAAUGAUAUGCCAAUUGUGGUUAUGUGUUUUAUAGAUGAGGCCAUGAAAUCACAUUCAUAUCGCUGCCGGGAACUGAGUAAUGAUCAGUGGCAAUGUUCUGCAAAAGAUGUUUGCUUCAUCCAUGACCGCCUGCAACUUCCACGAGCUAGCUCAAAGAACCCAUGGCUCUCUGUACACUUUAAUAUCCAAAGCUUUGUCUUUUUCCAAAACCCCAAGAGACGUGCGCAAAGUUCACGCCUUUAUAAUCAUUUCCGGCCACCACCACUCUGUUUUCUUAUCCGGCAAACUCAUUUCCAGGUCAAUGACCCAUAACGGGCGCUUCUCUCUGGCAUUGGAAUUUUAUGCCCAGAUGAGGAAAUCAGGCGUUGUGCCGGAUAAUUACACUUUUCCUUCGGUUAUUAAUUCUUGCGGCAGUUUAUCCGAUUCUGAGAUGGGAAGAAUGGUUUAUGAUCACCUGAUGGAGUUAGGUUUCCAGUCGGAUUUGUACAUUUGUAAUGCUCUGAUUGAUAUGUACGCAAGGAUGGGUGAUUUGGGGAUGGCACGGAAGGUGUUUGAUGAUUUGCCCGGGAAAGAUUUGGUUUCUCGGAAUAGUCUCAUAUCUGCGUAUAGUGCCAAUGGGUAUUGGGAGGAAUCAUUGGAAGUUUUUUAUCAGGCCAGAUUGGUUGGAGUUGUGCCAGAUUCUUUUACUUUGUCAAAUGUUCUACCGGCAUGCGGGGGACUGAUGAAGGUUGCAGAGGGGCAGACCGUUCAUGGGUUGGUGGAGAAGGUUGGAACUAAGAAAGAUGGAACGGUUAAUAACGGAUUGCUAUCCAUGUAUUUUAAGUUUGAUAGGCCGAUGGAUUGCGAGAAGCUCUUUUGUGAGAUGACACAUAGAGACACGGUCACAUGGAACAUCAUGAUUUGUGGGUAUUCACAGUUGGGGUUGUAUAUCGAGUCAAUCAAGAAGUUUCUAGAAAUGGAUUGUGAAUAUAAUAAACCGGAUUUGAUGACACUAACUUCUGUUCUACGUGCUUGUGGCUAUGUAGGAGACUUGAGGUUGGGGAAGCAUAUCCACCACGAAUGCAUAGUUAAGAAGGGAUAUGAAUGUGACGUCACGGCUAACAACAUCAUGAUCAACAUGUAUGCAAAAUGUGGUGACUUAAUGGCUUCAAGGGAAGUUUUCAACAGCAUGAAAUGCAGGGAUUCGGUGUCGUGGAACUGUUUGAUCAACGGAUAUGCUGAGAAUGGAUUCCAGAGGGAAGCAGUAGAAAUUUUCAAAAUGAUGAAGACAGAAACACUUCCUGAUUCUGCAACUUACGUGACUCUUCUAUCGGUCUGUACACAAUCAGCGAACAUAAAUUGUGCAAGAGAACUCCAUUGUGACAUUAUCAAGAGAGGAUAUGAAUCUAGAAUUCUUCUCGGAAAUUCGUUGGUGGAUAUGUAUGCCAAAUGUGGACAGAUUCAUGACUCUCUCAAACAUUUUGGCAGCAUGGACUCUAGAGACACUGUCACAUGGAACACCAUUAUUGCAGCUUGUAGAGAGGACUGUUGCAUGGGAUUCGAAAUGGUUAGAAAGAUGAGAGCUGAUGGAAUCCAUCCAGACAUGGCCACAUUUUUAGUCUCCCUCCCUCUGUGUUCCAUUCUUGCUGCCAAACGAAAGGGUAAAGAACUUCACAACCAGAUACUGAGGCUUGGUUUCCAACCAGAUAUCCCUAUCGCGAAUGCAUUGAUCGAAAUGUACUCAAAAAGUGGAAGCUUGAAAGACGCGGUGACCCUGUUUGAGGGUAUGAAGGAAAGAGAUGUCAUCACAUGGACUGCGAUGAUCACUGCAUAUGGAAUGUAUGGCGAAGGAAUGAAAGCUCUGAGAGUUUUCAACGAAAUGAAGAAAACUCAUGGAAUCGUUCUUGAUCAUGUUGUAUUUGUUUCCAUCUUAUAUGCAUGUAGCCAUUCGGGCAUGGUACAAGAAGGCCGGUCUUGCUUUGACCAGAUGAAGAGAGAGUAUCACAUGGAGCCCAGACUUGAACACUAUGCAUGCAUGGUUGACCUGCUGUCGCGAUCCGGGCUAAUACCCGAAGCAGAGGAGUUUAUUCUCUCAAUGCCAAUACAACCAGAUGCUACCAUUUGGGGUGCCCUUCUCAGUGCUUGCCGGUCAAAUGGGGACACCAAAACCGCGGAGCGGGCCCUACACAAUCUCUCCCAUAUGGAUUCAGAUGACGCGGGCUAUCAUGUCCUUGCAUCCAACAUGUAUGCUACACUGGGAAAGUGGGACCAAGUGACGAAAAUACGAAAAUCUAUAAAGUCCAGGGGGAUGAAGAAAGAACCUGGGUGCAGCUGGGUGGAGAUAAACAACAGGGUUUAUGUCUUCAGCGCCGGAGACAAGUCCUUCGAGCAACAUGAAGAGGUCAAGAAUCAUUUAAGGGUACUUUACAGUUUAAUGGCUAAAGAAGGGUACGUCGCGGACCUCAACUGGGUGUUACAUGAUGUUGACGAAGAUGAGAAGGUGGACGUGCUCUGUGGGCACAGCGAACGGAUAGCCAUAGCCUUUGGGUUAAUAAACACGAAACCGGGGACUCCUCUGCAAAUAAUGAAGAACCUCAGGGUCUGUGGGGAUUGCCAUACUGCAACCAAGUACAUCUCCAAAGUGGUGAACAGAGAGAUACUGGUGAGAGAUGCCAACAGGUUUCACUUCUUCAAGGAUGGGACAUGUAGUUGCCAAGAUUUGUGGUGAAUUGUGCACACACAGUGGUUAGACACUUUUACCAUCAUGCCCUUUACAACGUCAUCGGGAAGCUAAUAGAGCAGAUGCUAAGCG